CACACCACACACGGACGCGCCGCGCGCUAGUUGCGUCCGCACAAACGACCGCCGUACCCGUGCGUCGUGUCGUCUCCGCCGCGUACACUAUAACAAACGCUAUCCCGGUUUCGCUAUUAUUAUUAUUAUUAUUAUUAUUAUGGUUGUUGUUAUAGUCGUGUGUGAGUGAGCGUAGCGUCGUCGGGCCCGAGCGCGCGCGCCGCGAGUGAGUGCGAGAGAGACCGACCGAGUGCGAGUGACGUCGGUGCGAGCGCAAGCGACAUUGCUGCGAGUGCGCGCGCGCCGUAUAAAACGCGGUCGUACGAAAAUGGCGUCAUCGUCGCGCGACAGCGAGCCCGGGAAAACGAUGUCGUCGCACCACCACAAAUAUUCGUCGAGAAUCAGAACACGUAAAGAAAAGAAAACAUAUUCAGAAGACUGGGCAUAUGGCGACGAAGAAGAAAUUGAAGGUGUACGAUCCUUCAGUUUACAAGAAAAGCUUGAUUCCACACGUUAUUUGAAUCACAACUUUAGUAAACAGAUGGAUGGAAAAGAUUUUACAAUUUCAUACCUUCAGAAACAUGGUUUCGUAAUACCAUUAUUAUUUAAGGAUAAAACAGGUCUUGGAUUACAUGUCCCAAGCCCUAAUUUUUCUGUGAAUGAUGUUCGCACAUGUGUUGGUUCAAGAAGAAUGUUAGAUGUAAUGGAUGUUAACACACAAAAGAAUUUCGAAAUGACUAUGAAAGAAUGGACCAAGUAUUAUGAAGAACCGGUGAAAGAUAAACUUUUAAAUGUCAUUUCACUUGAAUUCAGUCACACCAAACUAGAAAACUAUAUUAAGCGUCCAAAUAUUGUACGAGAAUUGGAUUGGGUCGAUUGUGUUUGGCCUAAGCAUUUGAAAGAGAGUCAAACAGAAUCAACAAAUGUCAUAGAUGAUAUGAUGUAUCCAAAAGUUCAAAAGUAUUGUUUGAUGUCUGUUAAAGGCUGUUACACUGAUUUUCAUAUUGAUUUUGGUGGCACAUCAGUUUGGUAUCAUAUACUUAAAGGAAGCAAGGUUUUUUGGUUAAUACCACCAACUGAACAAAACAUAAAAUUGUAUGAACAAUGGAUACUGUCUGGUAAACAAGGUGAUAUAUUUUUUGGAGAUACAGUUGAACAAUGUGGACGUGUGUCAUUGAAUGCUGGAGAUACAUUCUUCAUACCUACUGGUUGGAUUCAUGCCGUUUAUACUCCCAAAGACUCAUUAGUAUUUGGAGGCAACUUUUUGCACUCUUUUGGUAUUGAGAAACAGCUUCGGGUCGCAGAAGUAGAAGAAUCCACCAAGGUACCUCAAAAGUUUAGAUAUCCGUUUUUUACCGAAAUGCUGUGGUAUGUUCUGGAGCGUUAUGUCUAUUGUGAUUUGGGUAAAUCUCAUCUUUCAGAAGGCGUUGAGACUUCACCUUCGCCAGAUGAGCAUAUACAUUUCACUAAACAGGAGCUCCAUGGAAUAAAAGCAAUAGUAAAAUACCUGCAUAUUUUGCCACCGAAUAAAAAAAAUGUUCCUCCUCUGAUCAAAGAUGCUAUUGAGUUGAUAAGAAAUGUGGCCAUUGUGAUAAACAAACAUAAGAAUGAUAUACCUGAAUAUGCUAUAAGUGGAAAGCCAAUUCUUAAAAUUCAAGGAGAUAAAGAAAGGGAAAGGAGGUUUUAUAAGACAGCUGGUGAUAUGAACGCCAAAGUAAAAACUUCACGAAAAACAGCUUCUGGCGCAGGAGGGCCUAGAAGAAGACGUACAAGAUGUAAAAAAUGUGAAGCUUGUAAACAAGCAGACUGUGGAGAAUGUUCAUUCUGCAGAGACAUGGUAAAGUUUGGUGGACCUGGUCGCGCUAAACAGACUUGUGUGAUGCGUCAAUGCUUGCAGCCAAUGUUACCAAUAACCGCAGCUUGUGGGAUUUGUUCAUUGGACGGCUGGGGUCAACAAAUUAUUAUUCCUAUACAGAAAGCCGCUAAAGAUACUCCUAGCCAACUUAUGGAGUGUAGUGUAUGCUUUGAAAUUGUACAUCCUGACUGCUUAUUAAAACAACCCAUAUAUACUAAUAAUGGUACUUAUAAUGAAGAUCUGCCUAAUAGCUGGGAAUGUCCCAAAUGUUGUAAGGAAGGAAAAGAAAGCAAGCCUCGCCAUUUUCGUGCUAGACAAAAAUCAUCAGAUAUCCGUAGAACUUCUGUCAGUAGCAAUGACGCUACUCCACAAAAACGUUGUAAAGACGAAGAAGACUACAGUGAUACAAAUUCUGAAAGUGAUGGAGACAACGUUUCUAAUAAAAGACUGAAAAUUGAGAAAAAAGAAAACUUAUUAACGGAACGAUCGCCACCUUUGCCUUCAACGGAACCGCAGUCAUCUUCCUGCAAAAACGAACGGCAACAAGUGCCGGCGGCCACCACCGCCACACCCGUCGAACCCAGCACCACCGACAAGUCCGAUUUCGAGAACAAAACACCUCACAAAAAAUUCAGACGGAAUCUGACGGAAGAGAGGAAACCCGAACCCGGCACGAGCACUGGAAACCAGUCGCCCAUGGUGGCGACGGCCGCUGUGGCGCCGCCAUCGUCGGAAGUGAAGUCGUCCGACGGCGACGGAUCGAAACAAACCACCACCAAACGGCCGGCCGAGGUGAGUCCUGCCGAGAUAAACGUGAUGGAAGCGUUCGACCGGGGCACCGUCAAACGGUCAUCGUCCCCGUCAGCGGCGGCGGUGAUCAAGAUGGAGGCUGCCGAACGGCCUUUCGAGUCCGCUAACACGGUAGCCGAUUCCGGCGUGAUCGUCAAGCGAGAAAAGCUGUCACCCAUACGCAUAUCCGAGUACAUACCCGAAACGAAGGCGGCUCCCGAACAACCGACGACCGGCGGUCCGGUGUCCGGCAGCGUCAAGAUCGAGGAAGAGAUCCGGACCAACGAGCCGAUCGCCAACAACGUGGACGUGCCGAUCGAUGAGAUACUGUCCAACUCAAAAAAAAGCAACCACAUGCCCAAGUACGUGAUCCGACCGGUGCCGAAGUUGGACACGGAGGAGUCGGACAAGGAGCCGCGCAGGCGGUGUUCCACGUUGGUGCACGUGUUCAAGUUCCUGUCGGCCGAAGACCUGAAGCACUGUUCGCUGGUGUGCAAAGACUGGUACACGGCCACCAUCAGCCCGGCACUCUGGAACCGCAUGGAUCUAACAGAGACCGUAAUCACCCCAAAACUGGUCAAGUACGUCAUGGUCAGACAGCCUAAAGUUCUGAUUCUGGAUUGGUGCAAGAUCACUAAAGAACAACUCUCGUGGCUGCUUGUUCGAUUACCACAGAGCAAGGCGCUGUCGCUGCAGGGCUGCCCUUGGCCCACGGUGUCGUGCCUUCGAUCGUGUGUGUGCCCAAUGCUGACAUCAUUGAACCUGAGCUUCGUGCCCACCAUGGAUGACACAGCUCUGCAGCACAUCCUGUCACCGCCGCUGGAUCACCGACCCGGGCUGCUCGACUUGGCCUGUCGGCUGUCCAAUCUCAAGUCGCUGAAGCUGGCUGGCAGUAAUGUCACCGAUGUGGGCGUCCAGAUCAUUGUCCGGGUGUUACCCAAGCUGUCCAUGCUUGAUCUGUCGCAGUGCUACCCGAUCACCGACAACGGUGUAGAGUCGUUGACCCAGAUAAGUGGACUAUCCACCUUGCAGCUGUCUGGCUGCACGGGCAUCAGUGAACAGUCGCUGAAGAUGCUUGGAAAGUGCAAGAGCCUGACAUACCUGGACCUCAGGCACACGAAGCUUACCAAGUCGUCCAUCAACAAGUUUGUGUCCAACCGGGAGGGGUUCAAGGCUUUCGACUCAAAGCUUAUUGUAAAGGUUGACAAGUCCUGAUACAGGCUUGACGCUCCCGAACAUUUGGUCUUCGGAUUCUAACCGCAUAUCAUAAUUUCGGCGGCGGCGCGCAGCGGUGCAUGUAUAUAUUAAUAAUAAUGCAUAUGUAUAUAGUAUACAAUACUGUACAUAUAUUUAUUAUAUAAGUUAUUUUAUAAACAGUGUUACACGUACCUACAGUAUUAGUAAGAGAAAGAAAUAUUGUAUACCUUUUUUUCUACAUAAGCCUGUGUUUGUUUUUUUAAGACAAGGAUUAUAUUAUUAUAUUAUAUAUUAUUAACGUCAGUCUAUUUUAUUGAUGACUCACUGUAUAGAAUAGAGUAUUAAUGACACUCAUUCAUACCCACAUGAAAGUUUCCAUUUUUUUUUUGAUUUUAUGUAGUGUAGAAAAAAUUAAAACUAUGUUAUUGUAAGUUAUUGUCAUACAUAUUUUAUGUUAUAUUUAUAUUUUAAGUGCCUAAUAUUGUUCUUAUAUACAUAUAAUUUAUCAUACUUCUAGUCUAAGCAAUACUAACUACUAUGAUUUAUUGUAUAAUUUAUACGAGUAUGCGAGUUGGAUACCAGGAUACCUAUUGUGAACAUAUUUUGUUUUUUUACGAAUAAUUUUUCCUUUUAUUUAUUUUUUUUUUAACAUAUUUUAAAUAUAAUCAACGCAUGAGUAAAUAAUAAUAAAGAUAAAGAGUAAAAAAUACAAGUUUUUAUUUUUUGGUAUCUAUUAUUUUGAUGAUGCACCAGUGGAGUGGAGCCCCGCUGCAAGUAACCCCUGAGGGUGAUUAUAUGACGACAAAACGUAUCUUUCUCGGAAAGGAUGUAGUUGUAU